AUGCCCAUGAGUUAUAGUAGGGCCCAACCUGUAUCGCGUAGGUGUUGUACACACUCUGCCUUCUCCCCUCCGUUCCCCCUUCUUGCCCCUCCCCAACCCCUUCUUCCCCCUUGUGCUCGUUUUUUUUUAGGAGCACUCCUCCCCUUUCCCCCUUGCCCUUUCCCCUUCUCCCCUCUGCCGUCGCCUGUGUUUCCACCUCCCCUCCCCCUUUUUCCCCCCCUCCCUCCCGCUCUUGUCCCUGUCCUUUCCCAUUCUCCCACCUUGCUCCCGCUGCCAUUUCCUCACUUUUCCCAAUAUGCCUUCUCCCUCGUCCUUUUCCAUCUUUCUCGCUGCGUCUCCUUCCCCCCCCCUUCCCCCCCCCCCCGACUCUCUCCCCUGUUCCCCUGCGCUUUCCCCUCUUUUUCGGUGCUCUCAAUCUCCGGCUUUCUUCCCUGUCUUCUUCCUCCCUUCCCUCUGCCCUCUCCCUGUCUCCCCGCUGCCUUCAGCCCUUCUUGCCCUUUCACUCCAAUAUUUUUUUCACGUCCGAUCUCCCCUCUUUCCCCUGCCCUCCGUGCCCUUCCCUUAUGCCCUGUUCACUCAGCCUCUCCCCUCUGUCGUUUCCUGUCUUCCUGUUUCCCCCUUUCCAUCCCCCCCCUCUUCCCCUCUUCUCUUAAAUCCCAAUCUCCCCCUUCUUCCACUGCGCUCUUCCCUUCUACCCCUCUUUCCCUGUUCUCCCCCCUUCCCCCUGCUCUCCCGCCUAUGCCUGCUUCUCCCCCGCCUCUCUCUCCAUUCACCCCGCUCGUUUCCCCUCUCUCCUUAAUGUCCCCCCUCACCCCCAACCUUCUCAACCCCCGACCCCGUUCACCCAAGCUCCCCAUUCCAUUCUGCUUUCUCCCUUUCGUCUCCCCUUCCCCUGUUCCGCUUCCCCCACUCCCAUCCCCUCCAAUUCUUCCCCCCUUUUCCCCCCAUCAGCCUCUUGACGUCGCUCACUUUCGACUCCCCGUGGGAUUCAUCGACCCUUCCGAGAUGCACGCCCUCUCUCGCUCCCUCCACACGCUCACCCAACUAGGCAUAAUUGACUGCCCGUUGAUCUCCAGUCACUCCCUUGCCACCGUUGCCCAAGCCAACCCAGCCCUCUCCUCCCUCUCUCUCCAAAGCACCACAUAUCACCUCUUCAGCGCACAAGGCCUCUGGUCUUUCCUGCGCGCCCCUCCCUCCCACCUGCACUCGCUCUCAUUCUCAGGGCUGCCCUCAUUCCGCCCCGGCCUGCUUGCUCGCUGCAGUGGCCUACAGUCUUUGAUGAUCACCGGUAGGUGGGAGGUUGCGUCGGGUCUCAGCGUCAGGGCUUGUGAGAAUGAGGCUGGGGAGGAAAUGAAACGAUUGAAGUGGGGUUGGGAGGUGGCUUGGGUGACUGGGGAUCGAAGUGUGGGCGUGCGAGAGGUGGGUUUGAUGGGGGGAGGAACGUCGAGAACGAUUCAGCCGGUGUCUCUUGAGAGCCUUGUGAGUAUGCUGGUGGUGGAGGUGCGGAGGGGAGGGGGAGAGGGGGCAGUGGGAGUGGAGUGUAAAGAUGACGGUGCAGAGGGUGGGGAGGAGGGUGAGGUGAAGGAAAGGGAAGCAGUGGAGGCAGGCAAGAGUGAGGGGGCUGUAGAAACUAUGGAUUCUGCUGCUGCAGCCGCUUCAGCACGAGAGGGAAUAGAAAGCACAGCUACUACAUCAGCAGCAGUAGCACCAACAAUUGUUGUCGACUCAAGGAACGAAGGGAGGAGGGAGUAUGAUUAUGAGUAUAUGUAUGUGGAUAUUCGAACAGCAGCAGCAGCCGCGCAUGCAGACCUGAUCGCGGCGCGCAACUGCGCGUUUAAACUAAUGAAAGAGGCCAAUGAGGUCAUAAGAGGCGUGUUCAUCAAAGCCGCUAGAGCCGAUGAUCCGUGGGGUGAGAGCACCCUAAGCGAGAUCGAAUCAGCAACUACCAUCAUUAGGUCCGCUAUCGCCUUGUGCCGGCCGCUGCGUGUGGCGAUUUCGGAGCAAGCUGUAGCGACAGAGAGGGAGGAUGCGAUGAUUGAGGCGUUUUCCGCUGCCGAAGCUGCAGCCGUGUUUAUGAAGAGGGAUAUUUGGGAAGGAGCGAGCGAGGGAGGAGUGGCGCUGCUUGAAGACAUGGAUGGUGUACUGCUUGACAAUGCUGUGGCUGGGAAUGGGAAUGGGGGUGAUGGUGAUGGUGGUGAGGGAGAGGGGGAGGCUGCUGCGGGGAACAUGAGUCCUCGUACACGGGCUUUAAAUGUGAUGCGGGCAUUAAUGCUGCAACUGGUUGAUGAGAGGAGGACGACGUUUGAGGUCUUUGAACGCAUGCGCACGCGCGUGGCUCGUAGUGGUGCUGGGCGUCCCGCAACAGCAGCAGGUGGCGAUGCUGCUGCUUCUGCUGCUGGUGCGGCUGCUGCUGCUGUUGCUGGUGCGGAUGCUGCUGCUUCAGUAGGGGGUGGUGUCCCUGGUGCUACAUGUGUGGCAGCAGCAGAUGGGACAGCAGUCGUAGCCUACCUGGCUGCCUCCGCACCUCCCCUCUGCAUCCCCUCUCAUGUGCCUCACCUCCCCCAGUCCACCCUCCUCCUCAUCUUGUUCCUCUUCGUUUCCCGUCCCAAGCCCGAGUGCCCAGCCUCAGUCCUUCGAGUCCCUCUCACUCGCAUCAGCUUUCCGAGGGCUCAAGCAACUCUCACUGCUGUCUUGCUCUGGUUUGGGGGAGGAGCAGGUGCUGCUGCUGCUCCGUGCUUGUCCCGUUUUGGAAUCACUAGUGGUGGAAAACAAUGA